AUGGUGACUACUGGGGUGCUCUUCGCUACUGGAGACAUCUUGGCACAAGCGAUGUUUCCUCAUGUUGAUCACCUAGAUAAUGAUAAUCCUGAAGAGCAUAAGGAUACGUCCUUAUGGACAACAUUUCAUUAUCCUCGUACCCUUCGGGCAAUGAUCUACGGAUCAUUUUUUUUUGCUCCCAUUAGUGUUAUGUGGCAGACAAGAAAGUUACCACUGAUUAAAAACCCUUUUAUUCAUAGGUAUAGACAAAUAUGGCCACAUUCCAAAAUCCAUUUUUAUGAUUCAACUUGGAGGUUGUCAAUCGAUCAAUUAUUCAUGCCAAGUUUGGUAUGGAUUCCUCUCUAUAAUACCGUUAUGACAGUACUUGCAUUACAUGACAACCCAUUACAUUUGGCUAAAGAGAAGUUGGAAAAUAACUGGUGGCGUGUAUUAAAGGCCAGUUGGACUGUUUGGCCAGCGUUCCAAUUUGCCAACUUGAUGUGGACUCCUGUUCAUUUACGUAUCGUGGCUGCCAACUUAUGGAGUGUCGGUUGGAACUGCUUCCUUAGUUUUGUUCACAACACCAAAGGUCAUGGUAAAGGCAGUGGUAAGAAGUUGGAAGAAUUGGUUGAUAUCGAAACUGAUGAUGAAGAGCAAACUAUGGUUUAUUCAUGA